AUGGGCUGUGGGGAAGAAGGGUACAAGGAGGAGGGUGGGACGAAGAUCUUGGCACCGACGUCCAAUGACGAUGUCCAUCUGGGCGUCUAUUCUCCUCCCAGUACGCGACGAACGGAAAUCAUAUUUCUAGGAGCGUUUCCUGCUGUACACUGUGAAUGUGAGAGACGGCGUGCGGGGGAUGCGCGCGUGGAUAGAUUAUAUCUACAACAGAACAGUGAGCGGAAACUGCAAGGGAGGGAAGAGGAUGACAUCGAGCUACAGGAAGUACCGCACUACUCCAAACCUUGCUCGCCGGACGACGAUACAUCGUCUCGGCCCAAAAACGGGUUCUUGAGGGGACCACAUUUUGAUGUAGAUAUUAGAAGUACUGCAGAUCAGUUGGUGAAGAAACAAAAACUUACAAUUUCUGGUGCAUCAGCCGCCAUCCGCAACUCUACCGUCUCUCUUGUAUUACCUCUACCACUCCCACACGCCUGGUCUUGCUCGCCGGACGACGAUACGUCGUCUCCGUCCAAAAUCUGUCCUUCCAGCUCGAAGGCACGCUCGUCUCGGCCUAGCGUAGUCGAGAAUUUGGAGUGUUGGAAGUGCGGAGAGCAGACGAUGGAGGUCGUGCUGUAG